AUGGAGCCUCCUGCCAUGGAUCCCGAAAUUCCUACCUCCAGAUCUCGAAUUGCCAUCCUCGGCGCUGGGUCUGUCGGUUCUGCCAUUGCCCUCUGCCUGAUCCUCAACCCGGUGGCAAGCGAGGUUCUUCUAGUUGAUCUGAACAUUGCGCUACGAGACGCUCAAGUUAAGGAUCUUGGAGAUGCUACGACUUACCACGGAGCUGUCGGUGGUGGUGGAGUGAGAAUCCGAUCGGGAACUCAUAAAGAGGCUGGACAGUGCGACAUUGUCGUCAUCAGCGCUGGGGCGAAGCAGAGACAUGGUGAAUCGCGCACUGACCUUCUCGGUCGCAACCUUGCUAUCCUGAGAUCUGCCACCAACGACAUGAAGCCAUUCCGAGAGGACACUGUCAUCCUCCUGGUCGCGAAUCCCGUGGACGUACUAACCUACUUCGCCCAAAAGUACUCCGGCUUGCCCAAAGGACAAGUCAUCGGAAGCGGGACCUUCCUCGACAGCGCCAGGUUGAGGGGUAUUUUGGCAGACAAGAUUGGGGUUGAUGCUGGCAGUGUUGAUGCAUACGUGCUCGGUGAACAUGGAGAAUCUCAAAUGGUCGCCUGGUCUUGCAUUACUAUCGGUGCUGUUCCGCUGGAUCAAUGUUUACCACCUAAUACCGCCAUCAAUCGUAAGGGGAUUGCAGCCGAGACCAAGGACAAAGCCGCCAAAAUCAUCGAAGCUAAAGGAGCCACCGCCUAUGGCAUUGGUGCUCUUAGCGCAAGCAUCUGCAAGUCCAUUCUCUUUGAUCAACGAAAUGUCCGUCCCAUCUCUCACUGGGUUGAAGAGCUCGGUUGCUGUUUGAGCUUGCCCGUCGUGCUUGGACGGCGAGGAAUCGUGAGGUCUCUGAACAUGCCAUUGAAUCAAGAAGAGAAGAACAUGUUGGCCAAAAGCGCUGAUGCCCUGAGAGGGUUCAUAGCCGAGGCGCAAAAGGCCCAGAGCGAGUGA